GGGAGCUCGAGACCGGGAGCCCGAGACCGGGUCAGAGCUGACCAAACAGCACUCAGAAGCCAAGCCAUGGAUCCACCUGCCCAGAAAGAAAAAUCCAAAGUUAAAGAACCUGCCUUCAGCGUGGAGAAGGCUAAGCAGAAAUCUGCCCAAAAGGAGCUGAAGCAAAGACAAAGAGCAGAGAUCUACGCUCUCAACAGAGUCAUGACAGAGCUGGAGCAGCAGCAGUUUGAGGAGUUCUGUAAGCAAAUGCAGCCCCCUGGGGAGUGAGCCUACCUGCUUCCUAGUCUGAGGAACUGGAGCCUCUCGGAACUAUACAAGACUUGUGGAGAACUCUGCACUGAACUUCCUGUAGGUAACUUUCACCACACUGGUUCCUCCUCACAGAACUGGCCCAGUGCUUGCUGGGUAGACUUUUCAUCUGGGACAGCAGAUUUUUUUUUAAAGGGCCUUUUUAAGAAAAAGCAUUGUUUCUAGUGAAAUUGUGCAUCUUCCCUGAAAAUAAUAAAAUGCAAAAUGUUCAUUUGUUCUUUUUUUAAAUUUUUAUAUUUAUUUAUUUAUUUAUUAUGUA